AUGAGCCAUGACAGAAAGUUGAGAUCUGAAAACGUCAGACAAGAAUCGGACCGUCGCAAGGGUCGAUCUCACUCUCCGUCACUCUUCUUCAGAAAUUCAUCAUCUUCCAAUCUUUUGAAAAUUGGAAGACCACAGCAUUUAGCUAAUGAGGCAAGGCAAUCGCGGUCCCCUCGAAAAACUGUAGAUUCCAGAACGACAGCCAAAGAACAUGAUACAACGUCAGAAAAACUAGACGCUUUUGAUUCUAACCCCCUUAUCACGCAUCAAAGCAACAUGAUGGUCGAAGUUCUGCCGUCAUUUGAAUUAUACAACACAUUGCAUCGACACAUUCCGCAGGGCAACGUUGAUCCUGACAGGAUUGAUUUUCCACCCACAUAUCAAGAAGUCCAGACUGAAUCACCGUCCAUGGCUGCCAUCGGCGGCAACCUGCAUUUUUCAGAUCCCUCUGAGACUUCAGUGCAACCUCUCGACGCGGGAGACGCUAGCGCCGUGGCUUCCCGCAUUGCUGGAGAUCAGAUGUAUAGUUUGGAAGCUUUGAGGACAUCGCAUGGGCCAAUAGAACCAAUUCAGGAUGACAUGGACGAGGCAGAUAACAUUAAUAUCGACAAAAUAUAUUCCCUUCCAAAACUGAGCACGCCCAUUGAUAUCAACAUUCAUGUCACAAAAGAACCUGCAGGCAUAGACAAGAAAGUCGAGGACGAAUCGAUUUUAAGAGAAUACACAUCUGGAGAUAUCAUACAUGGCUACGUGACUGUUGAAAACAGGUCUCCGCAGCCUCUUAAAUUCGAAAUGUUCUAUGUGACCCUGGAAGGUCAUUCUACGGUUAUCGAUCGUGAAUGUGGAAAGCGAACGGUGAAGCGGUUUCUCAGAAUGGUUGAUCUAAGUGCUAGCUGGUCCUACUCAAAUAUCGACGUCUCGAACGGUCUCAACUAUUUUCCCGGUCGUAAAGAUUUCGAAGACUGCGUCAUGGGUCUCAACAACAAUAGAAUAUUGGCCCCGAACACAAGAUACAAAAAGUACUUUAUGUUCAAGCUUCCUACGCAACUUCUUGAUGUCUCCUGCAAGCACCAGCAGUUCUCCCACUGUUUGGUGCCUCCAACAUUUGGCAUUGACUCUUGGAAAAGUGGUGGUAAAUAUGCUGGAAUAAAGAUAAACCCUAUGUUAGGUUACGGCCACUUGGGGACUAAGGGAUCGCCCAUUCUGACUGACGAUCUAUCACCCAGCGAAAUGUCCAUCGGUUAUGUUAUCGACACAAAAGUCGUUGGUAAGGACGCUCGUACGCGAAAACUUAACAUCUUAAGGGAGCGGGAGUAUAAUCUAAGAUUUGUGCCGUUUGGGUUCUGUCGGCCUUUCACUGGGGAGCGUGCGCCAUUCAAGCAACUGCAAGACAUCACCCGAUUAGUGCAAGAGAGACUUGAUGCUUUGAGAAAGGUGAUGAAACGGCUGGAACAGGGCGAGCAAAUUACGAACGAAGAUUUACACAAUACAGAUAUUAGUGGAAGUGCGGUUGAUCUGUCUGAGAUUGAUUCUGAAGAGAUUCUCAGACUCAAACUCAAUCAGCUAUAUACCAAUAACCGCAUUGAUCCUGUCUGCUCAUCAUUCCCACUCAGCAACUCGAAAAUCUCGAAAGCCAACAUCACCAAGACUGUUGAGACUGAAUUCAGAUACAGGCUUAAAGACAAAAACAGGUCCUCAACUAAACUUAAAAAGAGUUUUUUCGCAGGUUUGGGUGGAUCAACCAGCUCUUCUUCGAGCUCCUUGAGUUCCCCUGCCAAUAAGUCUGGAAUCAUAGUAAUAACCAGUGACAUUCCCAAGGCAGGACUCCCAUAUACUGAGCCAUCUCUACUAAAAAAGACUAAUAGACUGGAAAACAAAGGCGCUCAAAACAGGGAAAAUUGGGACAACUUGAUUUCCUCGUUGCCUGAUAAAGACAAAGAAGUCUUGAAUGAGGUAACCAUAAACAUGAAGUGUAUUCAGGCCAGCAACUGUGGACCUCAUGAACCGCCCGAAGUUCAAUCUGUUACGACAGAACUUGUUUGUAUGACUUUAAAGUCUACGAACUCAAUUCCCAUAAAGUUAGACGCAGAAUUUGUUUCAAAGAAAAAAAGAUUCAAUCAGAUCCAAAGUUCGUUUCUGCAGCUCAAGCAAGAUGCUGAGGAAUUCCGAAGCAAAUUCGAGGAGAAUCAAGAGCGCUUGAAUGGCCUUUUCAGAAGGGCAGGGAGAUCCGGACAGAAUAAAGAGCUGAAAUUCUCAGAUUUUAUUCCAGAGCAAAUGCUCAAUGAUAUUGAAAGUAUUGCUACACUUCGCAGCCAUAUUCAGGUUCUGCCUCAAAUUUUCAAAAAGCAGUCUCAUACGCUGAAAGACGAAGAUGACCACUUAGAUCCUCCGCCGCUCAAGAGCUCGAGUAGCACCAGCAUUCUCAGUGCUACAUUUAGUGGCUCAUCGUCCAGCAACCAUCACACACCAACCGCGGAGAGGUUGAGAAAGCAGCUUUUCAAUGAGUGGGUAAAAAGCAGCGAUCAAGAAUAUGAUAGGACGGUUGUGGUAAAUCUGGUACUCUCUGACGACAUUAGAGAAACCUUGAUUCCUACUUUCGAAAGUUGCUUGAUCUCGAGACUAUAUUGUAUUCGAGUCAACAUUAAGUUCGAAGGUCAGUCUGGAGUGGCCACGAUUGAUAUUCCAGCUCAAAUUAGAAGAUUAGAACCAUAA